AUGCCGUAUCAUUACCAUCUCAAACUAGAGCUCUACGCGUCGCCAAACCCUUCGACGCCCAGCGCGGACCUCAAUACUAUCUGGGUGCCGGCAGACGGCGAGACAAUCUUCGACAACCUUCCCUCCCAUCCCCGAAAGACCGCGGCCUUAGCGUCCACCAAACGAAAGCAGAAAGCCGUCGAGACCGGUUCUGGAUACACAAGGGGUACACGGCAGGCCAGCGUGAUUGACUGCGGAGCUCCACGCGCGGCUGCUCCUGACGAAGACGAAGACGCGCCCAAUAUUGUUCGCCUCUCUGAGCGGCAGUGGCGAGAGCGCACGCUGAGCUUUCCUGCUCCCGGGUUUUCUGCAGGUCUCGGGCCGAAGAAGGCGGCUAGAGACUGGCGCUUCGGACCGCUGAGCGUCGAGAGCUUGGAUCUGAUCGACGAGGGCGGAGAACAGCCGGAGACAGUCAUGGCUGAUUAUAUGAACCCAGCUCCAGCAGUGUCACUCGGGCCAACACUAGGAGGAGCAGGCCAGGCUACCAAAGCAAAGUUUCUGCCACUCGAGUCGAAGAACACGGAACUAGGUUGGGGUAUUGUGCACCUGUACCGGGAAGACACCGAUGGAGAUGCCUACGGCCUUGUCUCUGAAGGAGACGUGAGCGAUGGCGAUGGAGAAACUGUGGAAGGCGGGGAGGAUGGGACGAUACUCUGCAUCCCCGCAGUGCCGAGCUAUCUAUCCCCCAGCGACUUCCUAGGUUUCGUCGGUGAAAAAUGGCGAGGAGACAUCAGCCAUUACAGGAUGAUCAUGACCAGCCGCAUGAACCGUUACAUGGUGCUUAUGAAGUUUCGCGAUGGGAAGAGAGCAAGAGAAUGGCGCACGGAAUUCGACGGCAAGGUCUUCAACAGCAUGGAGGCCGAAAUUUGCCACGUUACCAACAUCAAAUCCAUCACCGUCGAGACGCCCGGACGAACCCGCCCUACUCUCUCGGGAUCAUCAUCUGCUGGCGGCAUGGUAUCCAACACGCUCAAGCCAUUCCCUCCGCCCACGCCGAACCUCACUGAGCUGCCCACCUGUCCUGUCUGCCUGGAGCGGAUGGACGACACGGCGGGACUGAUGACAAUCAUCUGCCAACACGUCUUCCAUUGCACGUGCCUUCAAACCUGGAAGGGCUCUGGCUGCCCUGUCUGCCGAGCAACAAAUCCUUCACUGGUAGAAUCGCCGUCUGCAUCGGAUCCAUACGACCCCUCGAACCCAUACUCCCAACCGUUCGGCCAUGGCAUUACCAAUCUCUGUACAGUUUGCGACUGUGCAGAUGACCUGUGGAUCUGUCUGAUAUGCGGGAACGUCGGAUGUGGCCGUUACAAGGGCGGGCAUGCCAAAGACCACUGGAAAGAGACAGCCCACUCCUUCAGCUUAGAACUGGAAACACAGCAUGUCUGGGACUACGCGGGAGACACAUGGGUACACAGGCUGCUUCGCGAUAAGGGCGACGGGAAGGUUGUCGAGCUACCAGGCCGGACUCGGAGCGGUGCUGGUCCAAACGGCAACGAAGACGUCGUCCCCCGGGAGAAGCUGGAGAGCAUGAGCAGGGAGUAUACGCACCUUCUCACCAGUCAGCUGGAAAGCCAGAGGGUGUAUUUUGAAGAGAUGGUCAGCAAGGCUGCUGACAAGGCAGCCAAGGCGUCUGCAGCAGCUGAAUCGGCGGCCAGUCAAGCGGCGCAGGCUCUGGCUGAGCUUCGAUCCCUACGCACUGAACACGAUGCUCUCAUCAAGACCACACUGCCGGGUCUCGAGCGGGAGGCGGAGCGGGAACGCAAGCGAGCGGAUAAAUCUACGGAGCUGGCGCGCAACCUGGGGAAGUCGGUCCAGGAGGAGAAGAAGGUGUCGGAGGGUCUCAUGCAGCGCGUGGGCCACGUCAACAAGGAGCUCGAGACGAUGAAGGGCAAGGUGGAGGAGCUCGCGCGGGAGAACGAGGAGCUCAAGGAGAUGAACAGAGACCUGACCAUGUUUAUAUCCGGACAGGAGAAGCUCAAGGAGAUGGAGGAGGAGGGCAAGGUUGCCCAGGGCGAGCUCGAGGAGGGCAGUGUGAGUCUGCCGGAGAGGAGGAAGCCCAGAGGCAAGGGCAAGGGGAGGGGUUAG